CGACAAGAGUGGGCUCUUGAGAAUGGUGAAGAUAGAGAUCUAUACUAUGGUUUGUAUGUCAAUGGCGUGCUCCCAGAUAUGCACCGCAACCAACGAUGCGCCUAUCUUCGAUCGACGAUGAACCCAGCGAUUUCAGCCGAAGCCUCGGGCUAAUACUUCAUGGAUGCUAAUGCUGGCAUUCAUGACUUCCGAAGCCGGUCAACUGAACAAUAGGAGUCGUUAAACAUGGCAGUCUGGUCUCAAUACGUUGUUGUCGUCUUCGAAACGAGGAGCACAGAGUAUCGGGAUGCCGUCAUUGAUCUUCUUGCGAAGAUCGUGAGCAACACUAAAGCAACGGAGCCAGGAGCAUUGAAGUACUGCGUCGCGGUUCCUAGGGAUCCUUCGGACGACCGAAAGAUCUAUUGUAUCGAAGAAUAUGCCAGCCAAGCUGCAAACGACAUACACAUGGCCUCCGCGCCCGUCCAAGCUCUAUUUAAAUACCUCUCGGAAACGCCAACCGCCCUUGCGGGUGCGCCGACCGUCAUGACCAUGUCUCCACUCGCGGCCUUCACUCGACCCGAGAUCGCCUCGUACAACGACCCAGCGAUCAGCUUCAUCGAGCUAGGAUCCGGGAAAGAUGUGGAUAUGAUAGCCGUGGCAGCUCAGCAGGUAGCUAUCGAAUCGCGAGGAGACCCGAGAUUGCUAUGUACGGCGGCUUUGCGCGAUAUAAACAAGCCGGUGGUUAGGCUGUUCAGGGUUGGGAGAAAAGGAGACGGCUCGGAGGAGAGCGAUGGGUCGAAUGUGCCAUUGAGGGCUGUUUCUGGCUACUUGUGGAAGGACACGGCGCAAGAGCAGCAGUUAUGGUAGAGAACUCGGAGAUAUGCCAAAUAUCAGCGUCAAUGUAAGUCCUAGCUGCCUCGUGAUUCCGAGCUAGAAAAUGAUGCCGAUUACAUUUGAC